AUGUCACAUGCGAAUUCCACAGUAGUAGCGAUAAUUCUUAUUUUGGGGCUUUUGUUGCUUGCCGGCACGUCGGAUGGGCAACGGAUGUCGUUACCGCGAGAAACAUAUCCGCGUCCUGCGAAGGACGGGGUCAAUCCCGCCGCGAUGUUUCUCCGCUGGGCGCAACUUAUAAAUUCCUUCGUGGAGGCGCUUCUUAACGCAGCGGGGCCGUCGACCGUCGCUGAUAAAUUAAAACGCAACGCACCGACAGAUAUGGAGGGUUCAGAGCUAAGGGCGAUUUCGAUCUCGCCCAACUAUUUAAAAGCACCCCAGAAUGGAGAGGUGAAGAGGGCCGUCGACCCCGACGACGGAUUGAGGUAUUUACUGCCGCCAAAAAGAACAUUACCGCCUCACUCGUGCUGGUCUGGCUACCUGGCGGUUCCCACCACCACCAUCUUUAAUUGCAGCGGCGAAAGCAAAACAGCUGACGAGUACAGUAAUCUGAAUGAUUAUCCACGGGCAGGAUGCCAACACGAUGA